AUGACCACUUUAUCUCCAAUCGUUAUUCAUCUUUCUGAUAUCAAGCUCUAUGAUAGACUCGAUUACAUUAUAUCAGAAUUGCUAAAGGAUUUUAAGGCCGAGUUUGAAGAUCAACAUCAUGAUAUAGUUGAACAAACAACUAAUAAGUUGCAAACCUUCAUGAUGACUACUGAGAUUAUGUCAAAGGUAUGUGUGAUUAUAGCAUUAACGAUUGAUCAAUAUUGCGAUGGUAGAAUUUUGUUAGCAUUGGAAGAAUCAUCAUCUGUGGUUGGAAUGGUACCGGCUAGUAAAUCAUCAAUAGAGUUGCUAGAGACGAUUGAAACUGAUGAAAGAAAUAACAAGGAUGAUUGUUUGGUAUGUUUAGAUGAGAUAGGGGAGGAAACUCAAGUACUGCGUUUGCCUUGUUCACAUAUGUUUCAUGGAGAUUGCGUUACAAAGUGGUUAGAGAAUAGCCAUUACUGUCCGCUUUGCCGCUUUGAGAUGCCUACAGAUUAG